AUGGAAAGGGAGUAUUCCCAGGAGAGAUAUAGACAAAAGGUAAUCCAUUAUAUGGACUCUAUCAAAACAAAUGUAAUUUCUGCUGAUCUAGCAUCAGAAGAAAUUAAUGUGUUUAUGAGAAAUUUUGAAGAAAUCAGGGAUGAAGCUAUUUGAUGACUAGAAAAUGAAUCCAGAAGCCCAGAAUCUGCAAAUUCUGUUGAUUUUUUAGUUCAUAAGCUUGAAAUUGAGGCAAAAUUAGCAAUGAGACGUCUUCCUUUAUACAAAAAUAAAAACCUGAUAAUUGACACUGCAAGGGAAAAUCAAUGUGUUGUGGUCACUGCAGAAACAGGCUCAGGAAAAACCACACAAAUGCCGCAGUAUUUUCUUUUCAAUGAGAUUUCAAAUAAUAAGCUGGUUUUUAUCACUCAGCCAAGAAAAAUUGCAGCUGUAAGUGUUGCAAAAAGGGUUCAACAAGAGCUGGAUGGACAAGGCGUGUGCUAUAUUUUGCAUAAAUCGGAAAUAAAUAAACUGAAUUAUUGUGGUGGCAUUGUGUAUUUUACUGAAAACUGCUUUUUAAGCUACUUGCUGAUUGAAAUUAAGUCUGAAAGAUUUAUGGAAAUAUGCCAAGUAUUGAUACUUGAUGAAGCUCAUGAGCGGUCGUUAGAGUUUGACGUUAUUUUAGGCCUAAUAAAGCAAUAUAUCUUGCCCCGAAGACCUGAUUUUAGGCUGAUAAUUACUUCAGCUACUGUAAAAGUGGACGAAUUUUCUGAAUUUUUAGGAAAUUGUCCUGUAAUUCCAUGCUCAGGAAAAUGCUACCCAGUUUCAAUCCAUUAUAUAAACUCUUAUGACAAUUAUUUUAAUGAAACCAUCAAUGUAAUCGAAAGAGUUGUCAAUGGAAAACUAAUUCGAAUGAAGCCUAACACUGCAGAAACCCUAUUAUACCUAAAUAAAAAAUAAAAGAUUAUUUUUAUCCUAUAUUAAUAUAAGAAAUAGGAAUAUUUUCAUUAAUUAUAAAUAGGUAUAGUAUUUUUAACUGGAAAAGAAGAGCUUCAAAAAGGCAAAGAAAUUCUACAAAAAAACUUCAUGAAACAGUGGAACAGGGUCGAAGUUUUAACACUUUAUGGAAGACUUAGCUAUGAUGACCAACAAGAUGCACUGAGAGGAGGAAACCAUAACUGUAUAAGGAUCGUUUUGUCUACAAAUGUCGCAGAAAGCAGCUUAACCGUACCAAAUGUAUCAUGUGUAAUUGACUGUGGAAGAGAAAAAGUUGGCAAAUAUAAUCCUGCUCAAGGGUUAGUUGAUAUCUCAGUCAAAAAUAUAAGCAAAACAUCUGCAAUACAAAGAACUGGAAGGGCUGGAAGAGUAAUGCCAGGAGAGUGCUUUAGAAUCUACACAGAACAAGAAUACCUUGAAAUGCCUGAUUUCAAAGACCCUGCAAUUUUAAAUUCAAAUCUCGGGAUUAUUUUGCUGAAAUUUAUGAAGUAUGGGAUAUCAAAUAUCUAUGAAUUUCCUCUAAUAAACAAGCCAAGUGCGGAGGCUAUAAAAAAUAGCUUUCGGGAUCUAUAUUUAUUAAAGGCAAUAGAUUACACAAAUAAACGCUUUGUUCCGAAUUCUUUAGGAGAAAUACUGUGUGGACUCGACAUUGACCCACUUCUUGGGAAAAUGAUUUAUCAUGGAGGACUAAUAAUGGGCUGCUCUGAAGAAGCAACGAUAAUUGGCUGCAUGAUGAGAACCUGCAACUAUUUUUUUGAAAAAAAAGAGCCAAAUAUGUACGAUUUUAUGCAAGAAAUUAGGUCAAAAAUCCACGACCCACAAGUACAAGCUCCAGAAAAUGAAAAUUUUGGGAUUAUAAAAAAAUUUUUCAAUACAAAUUAUCUGCUGAACACUCAUUUGUCGGGAUUGGGGGAUUGCAUGCUUAUUCUUUUUGCGUCAAGACAAUGGGCACUUAUAAGGUGUAUGGCAUGUAUUUAUAAAACUUCAAAGCGAAAUGAAAAUAUUUUAUAUGAAUAUGAAUCUGAAUAUAGAGAAGUAGAAAAUCAUCAGGAUAAUUUAAAAAUUGAUUACGAAAAAGAGUUUUAUUUUUCUUCUAGGCAAAAAAUGAAUGAAUCCAAAAGGAUUAUUGAUAGCUUAAAAUUGGAAUCAGACGAAACUAAUAUUUUCCCCACAAAUUGCAAAGCUUGCCAUUUACUGAGAACUAUGUGGGCAAAAAGAUUUGGACUAUUCCAAAAAGGCUUGAUCUCUGGAUUUAAACUUAAAUUCGAAGUCCGAAGAGCAGCGUUGAGGGAAAUGAUGAGAAUUAAUUCAGCCUUUGAUGCAGAUCAGCUAAGGGAUGAAAAGGUGUUAGCUUCUCUUGCUGCAAUUUCAUGCCUUGAUAAGUAUAAUAGUAUAUAUGAAGAAUUUCUAUCUCAGCGGAGGCAUAUACAUAAAAAUGGUGACGACGGACCACCGACCUCUCUCGACCCUAUUUCUUUAACACCAGCAAGCAACGGCCCAGUGUCGAGGAUUUAGGCGAAAAGGGGUCGCUAAUCCUUUAUGUAUAGUCGGGCUGGGGUUUCCUCGGGUUCAGCGAGCUAAUCCCUGGACUUAGAGUUUUUCCUCCGGUACAACCAUUGGAAAGGGCAAGGUCGGCCAAUGUCUGCAGGGCAAUAUGACCCUCAGACCCUGAAGACGGUAUUUGCCUAACGAGAAACUGGGAGUUUCAACCCAGGUGAUUGGCCCUUAGACUCCAGGAGCCAUGAAAGUCAAGACUGGUGCGUUAAGCUUCGUCUGCAGCGACGUGGAAGGGUGUCCGCCGGGAUCCCUCAGGGAUGAUGAGCGUAUAGGGGUGCAAAUCCCCGGCACUUGCGAAAGCGAAUGGCAUAAUAUAAUUUAAUCUAACCUCAGUGGAGGCUAAAAUAUUUUUAUAUCUUUGGAAUUUAUUUUAAAUUAAAUUUUAGUUUUCGCUCUAGAAUGUGCUGAUUUGCCUCUAUAUGCUUAUAGUCUCUGAGAGACCGAGCAGAUACCGUUCUUGCCUCCGUAAUGCAAGAAUUGAUAUAGAAUAUUCUGGCUGCAUAGUCUAUGGGCUCAACCCACAUGGGGCGCAGCUCUGAGCAUUGCAUCAGGCUCAGACUUAUUAUUGACCUCCCAUUUUUAAAGAUCUUCACCAGAGAUAAAGUCCCAUAUUCCAGUGUUAUAAGCUCUUGCACUAAUAAAUCUAUAGCGUGAUAUUCUCUAAAGAUGCUGAACCUUAUUCUCAGCUUGGUUUCCUCAUUCGGUGUUCCCUGAAGAUGCUGAGAAAAUUGUGCAAAGAGGUCAUGUGAUAAUCUCUCUCCUUUUUAACUAUAUAUUUUUAUUUAUAGUAUUUUGAUUCCAGCAGAUAACACUCUCAAACAUAAAUUAGUCGCUUUUUUAGAAAAAGCUGGGCAUAUCUUAGAGAAAAUAAUCGAUGCAUUAAAUAAAUUUAAAAUUAAGAUCAUUUAAGUUCUACUAAAAAAAAAAAAAAUAUAUUUUUUAUUGGUCAUUGAAGGAUUAAGACUAAAUGCGUCUAGGCUUCCUGAACUAAGUAACAGAGUUAUUCAGAAAUAUAAAGAAAGGUACUCAUUAAUCGCCAAAGUUAUUUGUACUGGGCUAUUUAGAAACUUACUCCAUGAGUAAGGAAAAAAAAUUUUUGUUCGCUCACAGAGGGGUUAAUUUUUUUAAAAUAAAUGUUUUUGAAAAAUCCAAAUGUAAAAAAAAAUUAAUUUAAUUGUAGAAAAUUUAUUUUAAAAUUCAAGCAGAAUUAGUAGAGAUUUAUUUUCCUAAAGAUUGCUUAUAUUUUUUAUAAAAAAUUGUUUUGAUCGCUCACCGAGGGUUGUUUUUGGCCAAAAAUAGGGAUUUUUCAAUGGUUUUAUGCUCUCGAAGAAAGAAGUUAGCACAUUUCAGAGGUGGACCCCUAAUAGAUUCUGGUUACUAUAAAAUAGAAACUAAUGAGGUUGUUCUUCCCUAUCCUCUGUCUUAUUUCACUGAGCAUAGGCGAACUACUCCUCCUAAAUACGUGGUCUUUUUUGAAAUAAACCAAGCUUCAAGCUCAAGAUCCUAUAUGAAAUUUAUAACUCCAAUUGAUUUAGACUGGGUUAUAAUCAUAAAAUAGCAGAUUUUGUAAGGGUACUGAUCUGAUGACCGAAACCGCUUUCCUAUUAUGAUUAUGAGGCUUAGCUUUACAUCAGAAUUCUUGCCCAAGGGUUAGUGCUCUUUUCCGGACCUAAGGGAAGCUCAUAUGCUGCCAACUGCACGAAGAAUUUUAAACCUUAUAAACUUUUAAGUAAGCAAGAUUUAGAUUUGGGCUAACGAAUAUAAUGACAGAUACAUCACAGACACAAAAUUUUCUGAAGAAAAAGAGCAAAUUUCUUCAUUUAUUUUUAGUAAUAUUGGCCCUGCUUAUAUUCCUUAUUUAUUAGGAAAUACAGGGAAUAAGCUUGCAGAUAUUGAAAAAAAGAUUCAUGACAGUGGGGCUAAAGGAGCUUUACUUCUAUAUAGCCAAGAAAAUAAUUCCAUAAAUUUUAUGUGCCCUAACCAGCAUUUCGACCAUGGGAAAAAUUUGAGUGAAAUUGAGCUUGAUCUUUUCUUAUCUAAAAAAUUAGACAUUCGUAAGGUGCCUAUCUGCCGAUUAGUAACAGUUUUUUUACAAUUUAUGAUUUUGAGGCUUAGUUUUACAUUGGAAUUUUAUCCAGACUGAUAAGCAUGCUGAAGAGCAGACUCCCUUUGGUGAAUCCUUAAGGAAGAUAAAAGAUUUGCGACUUUUCGACUUCAAUUCUGGGCAGUGAGUCUUUAGUAGCCGCAUGGUAUCAAGGACGACAAAAAUCGGUCAUUCAUGAGCCUCGAAAUCGGUAAGUGUGCCCUGGUGGCUAAGACAGGUUAGCCCUUGGGCGAAACAAGUAUAAUCAUAGUACUGGAGAAAAGCAGCCCAUAGUGGACCUUAAAAGCGUUAUAAAUACUUUAAAUUCAAUCUUGGUCUCUGCAAAAAAGAAAUAAUCAAUAAAAGCACAGUCCAAGUAUCCUCAGGAUAUGAUGGACUUGCAUUUAUAAUAGCUCCAGGCGCAAUUAUUAGCGAUAUUUUAGAAUUUGGAGAUUCUUUAUCUUAUGAAAUAAAAAACCUGAAGCCCUAUUCAGGGUUUGACGAGCUCAUGCAGGAUUUAAAAAAUACUUUUGAAUUUCAGUCAAUGACUUUUAACACGACUCCAGACUUUUGCAAUGUAAUCGUGCAUUUCAGAACCAAAAAAGAAGCAGAAACAGCUGAAAGCAAUUUAUUAAAAAUUCCUCUUCCAGGAGCUGAUGGCCCUAUUACUGAAAUGAGAAAAAUUGGGUCGACCUUAGAAAGGUUUUAUGACUUUGGGCUUAAAGUUGUGCUGCCAUACACCGUUAGUGAUUUGCAAAUUGAAAAACUGCUAGAGCUUUAUAAUAUACACAUUUUUAUUAAGAAUAGCCCAGGAGUUAGCCAAAUUUAUGUUAAAUUUAUCAAAUAAUAAGGAUUGCUACUAAUUUGGCUAACCAAAAGAUGCUUCUAAAUGAGCUAUUCAUCAUAAAUAUUAUAGCAACCUGAAAUAUUAAGGCUAUAAGAAAUUUAAAGCUUGUUUUCUUAUGGUUUCAAAGGGCUGAAGACGCUGAUUUUAUGCUGAACAGCUUUAGGCAUUCUUAUAAAAAAAUAUUCAAGAACACAAAUAACAUCUCAAUCCAGCCUCUUGAUAGCGGACUCCUAAUCCCCAAAGAAUUUGAAAAGCUUGGAAUAGACCAAUUAGGUCUCUUUAUCAGAGAUCUCUGCUAUAAGUACAAUUGCAAACUAACUAUAAAAGGAAAAGACCGGCUCCGUAUAUUUGGAGAUUUCAAAAAUAUUCAGCAAGAAGCCAUCGACAAACUUUUAAAUUUACUCCACUAUACCCCUCUACCAAUUUCCAAAAAUAUCAUGAAAUUGAUAGAAAAGCAUCAUUUUGCGACUGAAGAUGGCGAAUUAAACUGAAAAAGAUGGCAAGAAAGCAUGAGCGUCGUAUGCAGCUAUUUUUGGUAUAGAGAAAUAUUGGUGAUUUAUGGGUUCCCUCAGAACAGACAGUCUGCGAAAAAAUUUUUGACUGAAAUUCUUCGGACCUUGAAUUCGAGCAUUGUAGAGGUCGAGCGGCAAUUUAAUCCUAAUGAUUGGAAUUAUUUGGAAAGGUUUAGGGUUAAGCAUAGUAGAGAUUCUGAUAUAGAAAUAAGGAUUAAUAGAAGGCAGCACAUUCUUAUCCUCAGAGGCCAGCAAUCUAAAGUUAAUGACUUACUUGAUAAAAUUCGUGCCCCUACAAUUGAGCCUAGAAAUGAUUUGCAUAGCUGUGGAAUCUGCACAGAGCCUAUAAAUGCUGAGGAUAAAUUCAGCUUAUCCUUAUGUGGCCAUCAAAUACACAAGUCCUGCUUUAAAGUCCAAGUAAAAAUUGCCUCAGAAAACAAGCCUCUACCAGAUUUACCAUUAAAAUGCAUUUAUUGUAGGGAGGUUAUUUUGUAUAGUGACUGGGUAAAGGUGUUAGAUCAAGCAGAAAUCAAGAACUUGUACCAUGCUUCACUUGUGAAAUUUAUGACAAAUGAUAAAGGGAAAAGUUUUUCGUGGUGCGAAAACCAUGUUUGUGAUUUUAUAUAUAAUAAAUCAAAGUUCACGAAUAGAUCGCCUAUAAGAAAUUGCCCUGAAUGCCAUGGGAAAUUUUUGGAAAAAUUUGUUUUAGUAUAUUAUUUUUACAUGAGGCAUUUUUCUUGGUAUAAUUUUUUUCGGAAAAAGCACAGUUUUUAUUGGGAAAAAAUUUACAUUAAAAAUACCGACAAAAAGAGGACCAAAAUUUUGUGUUAGGUGUAAAAAAGAAGUGGUUGGGAUGACUCAUGAAGUCAGAUGUGAAAUGCAAAGAAUUGGAGAAGAAAAUAAAAAAUGGAUAGAAGAAAAUACUUCGACCUGCCCCAGCUGUGAGUUUAAAACAGAGAAAAAUGGAGGGUGUAAUCAUAUUACUUGUCCAAAUUGUAAUACCCAUUAUUGCUUUAUCUGUGGUGAAGACAUAUCAAGAAUGAUACCUGUCGACCAUUAUAGAGACCCUAGCAAGAUUGCAUGUUUUGGAAAAUACCUUAAUGCGAAUGAUGAAGGAGUUUUUCCAAUUCCUGCUGAUUGGGAAUUGAUUUAA